CGUCAGCUCGCUACUCUUAGCAAUUUGUAUCUGGCAACCCUGGGGCAAAUACAAAUGGCGAAUAGUUUGUAUUGUUGCAGCUGAAGCAUUCAGGCCCCUUUUGUUGUGUUGUUUGAUGGUCUGUAGCGGAAAGUAGCCGUGUGUGAGUGUUAUAGUAACUGUGUGGACGACGAGGGAGAAGGGUGGCCGUGUGGCAGAGGUGAGGGUGUGGCUGGAGGUUAGUGUGUGGCUGGAGCAGCGCCUGGAGGAUAGUGUGGCUGGAGCAGCACCUGGAGGAUAGUGUGGCUGGAGCAGCGCCUGGAGGAUAGUGUGGCUGGAGCAGCACCUGGAGGAUAGUGUGGCUGGAGCAGCAUCUGGAGGAUAGUGUGGCUGGAGCAGCGCCUGGAGGAUAGUGUGGCUGGAGCAGCACCUGGAGGAUAGUGUGGCUGGAGCAGCGCCUGGAGGAUAGUGUGGCUGGAGCAGCACCUGGAGGAUAGUGUGGCUGGAACAGCGCCUGGAGGAUAGUGUGGCUGGAGCAGCACCUGGAGGAUAGUGUGGCUGGAGCAGCAUCUGGAGGAUAGUGUGGCUGGAGCAGCGCCUGGAGGAUAGUGUGGCUGGAGCAGCGCCUGGAGGAUAGUGUGGCUGGAGCAGCGCCUGGAGGAUAGUGUGGCUGGAGCAGCGCCUGGAGGAUAGUGUGGCUGGAGCAGCGCCUGGAGGAUAGUGUGGCUGGAGCAGCACCUGGAGGAUAGUGUGGCAAGAGCAGCAUCUGGAGGAUAGUGUGGCUGGAGCAGCACCUGGAGGCCCCACACCAUGCCUAAGGUCCGCCGGAGCAGGAAGCCGCCCCCGGAGGGCUGGGAGCUGAUCGAGCCCACUCUGGAGGAGCUGGACCAGAAGAUGCGGGAGGCGGAGACUGAGUCACAUGAGGGAAAGCGAAAAGUGGAAUCUUUAUGGCCAAUAUUUCGCAUUCAUCACCAACGCUCCCGUUACAUCUAUGAUCUUUUUUAUAGAAGAAAAGCUAUCAGUCGGGAAUUAUAUGAUUAUUGCCUUAAAGAGAAAAUUGCUGAUCAGAACCUCAUUGCGAAGUGGCGCAAGCAGGGUUACGAGAACCUGUGCUGCCUUCGCUGCAUCCAGGCCCGAGACACAAAUUUUGGCACCAAUUGCGUGUGCAGAGUUCCAAAAAGCAAACUUGAAGAGGGUAAGAUUGUGGAGUGUGUGCACUGUGGGUGUCGUGGCUGCUCUGGAUAACCACAUACGUGUUAUAAGGUUAAUUAAAACCAGUAUUAAAUCUCCACCAUUUUUCUGUAAUAUCCUCAAAUAUUUUUUUAAAUUCCUUGUUUUGAAUUUAAUUUAUUCUUUAACAUUGGUGGAAAAACAAUAUUGUUAAGUUUUUACAUUGUACAGUUUUGGCCUAGGUUCAUGUCCUUACUAGGGAGGAUGCCAGGAGGUCAUAUUCCUAGGAAACAAAAGGUGGGGGUGGGGGGGGGUGGGGCAAGGCUUACCAUGAGCUAUAGUAUGGGAAAGCUCUUGGUUUGCUAUCAGCAGUUUUGUUCCUGUACAGGUGGUUUCUGUCCCCACUUGUGUAACCAAAAAAAAAAAAGUGGGUCAUAGAACUUCAUAUUCAAACUUUGGCAAAAAGUUUAGGAAUUUUCCUUGUAGUGUACUUUAGAUUCUUUGAAAUAUGUAUUAUUGGCAAUGGAAUUAUAAUGAAUCUAGCCUAUUGUUUUUUCUUUAAAGCAUAAUGGAAACUUGGUGAUAUAGUUGUCAGUGGCAUUGUAUUAAACUAUUUUUAGCACUUACUAAA